GCCGUCAGUAUGGGUGCAAUGACGCCAUUUUCCACCACCAUUAGACUCAAAAUCCACUUCUAAGAGGUUCAAGGUAUUGUUUAUUAUCCGGAGAACAAGUACGGCGGUGGGAAUGUUACCACUUGCGGAAGGCGGUUUGCCUGUUUGCCCUGGAACUAUAUGUAUAGUGGUGUAGUCGGUAGAGAGGGGAGCUGGAUAUAGAGAUCUAUUUUGGUCACAAGAUGCAAGGAAACUGGCCAUGGCUGGUCCCGCUGGCAUCCGUUCUGGUUGCCAUGUUUGCAGGAAGCUUGGGAAACUUUACAGAGAAGAAUCUCGUAGACCGCCUGAUGACCGGAUACAGGACGGACGCACGGCCGGUGAAGAACAGCUCUUCCCCUGUCAGAGUUACUAUUAACGUCGCGUUGGCACAACUGCUUGACGUGAAUGAUCGGGAUCAACAGAUCACAGGAAUCAUGUGGAUGCGACUGUAUUGGACCGAUGAAUAUCUGGUGUGGGACCCGGAUGACUAUCGCGGGCUGGCGGCUGUACGAAUGCAAGGCAGCAGCAUUUGGAGACCCGAUAUAGUUCUUUAUAACGGUAUCCUACAAAAUGGCUUCGCAGAACUGCCGGACACGAAGGUGACUGUCACGUCCAACGGUACCGUGUUCUACUUUUACCCGUUCACGUUCAAAGCCUCGUGCAAGAUCAACGUCAUAGACUUCCCUUACGACACACAGAGGUGCCCCUUCAAGUUCGGGUCAUGGACCUUCGACGCUCUCGCCAUCGAUGUCAUUAGCAAGUCUUCAGAGGGUGAUCUGGACCAGUACAGGAAGAACGGAGAAUGGGAUAUGGUCCGCUUUUCAGCUCAAAGGAACGUGGUAUCAUACAGCUCCUCUGAUGUACCUUAUGCUGACGUCACGUUUAACCUGGUCAUAGAACGACAACCGCUGUUUUACAUCUACCACAUCUUCGCACCCUGCAUCGUCAUUCUUCUAAUAAGCCUGCUGAGCUUCAACAUCCCACCAGAUUCCGGCGAGAAACUGUCGCUGAGUAUCACGAUGCUGUUGUCCCUGAUCGUCUACAUGCACAUGGUGGUAGCGUCCCUCCCGGCGACUUCAAACUACAUCCCCUUGAUAGGUCUUUUCUUUGGUGUCAUCAUCCUGGUCGUCUCCAUGUCCACCAUACUGAGCAUCCUCACCAUCGCGCUAAACUUCACAAACAUGGACACCAAACCGCCACUCUGGCUAAAACAGAAACUGGGAAUGACUGAGGUGUGGCGUUGGUUCGAUUGCGUAUUCUGUGGCUGUGUAAGGCCAGUUGGAGAACACCAACAAGAAAGCUACAGAGGGAGGGAAACACAUCAGAGGGCAGAGUACGGGUCAGCAGAAGAAACCGCCAUGUUGCCUUUACGACAGAUAAACUUUGAAGAUCCUUCUGACAAUGGGAACCAUAUUUGUGAACUGUUUGACGACAGUGAAGACCUGUUGCCUCAUCUUCAUGGAGUCAUCAACAAACUGGAGGCCUGGAAACGGGAUCAGCUCAAGCAGAAGAAGAAGGAUGAUGUGUUGAAUGAGUGGAAAGAAGUAGCAUCUAGACUGGACCGAGUAUUUCUGCUGGUGUUUAUUGCUGCAUGUGUUCUCGUUAGUUGCACUAUGACAUACGUAAUAGCAUGAUUAGUCUAUGGCUUUCUACACAUUCGGAAAAUAUCGAACAGCACCUUAGGUCUAUGUCGGUACGCAAAAUAUAUGUUUCAUUGACGUUACUUUCCGCUCAACACGUGACUUGGUGGUCGACGGUGGAGAUAUAUUAGCCUAUGCCGUCCCCCGUCUCUCCUCAGUGAUGUUUGUUUGUAAGGCACAAAUUCUGCUUCUGCUUCCCAUUGAACUAUCAUUAGUAUCAAGAUAAAACUUGAUGUAAUCUAUGAUGGAUUCUGGAUUAUUUGGGCUAUGUUGACCAGUUACUUUACGUUUAUGGUAGAUAUAAUAUUACAUGUAACGUUAUGUGAAUAUUCUACUAUUUGUUCAUCUUAUAGCUUUGACCAUGCAUCUUAUAUGAGGAUCUGUUUACACGCACAAUACUGUGUCUCAAAUAUAUCAAGUAGUCUUUUCAAGGGAUGACCUUUUUCUGUUCCACCAGUGAAUCAUUAGGAGAUUCUGGUUCUGGUUUCUUGCCAGCUCACAUGUUCAUACAACAUCCUUUGUCUGCAGGACUUCCUGAUUCUGCCCAGGGGUCUGGAGAAUGGAUAAUACAAAUUCUGCAUACGAUUUAUGUCCAGGAAACAUUGUACGUGAUACGAACAUUUCCCCCAGGCUCGGAGUCCUUCCUGUGUUUAAGUGUGCAGCACGAGUGAUAAGAGAAAUUAGUUCCCCAUUCUGGUUGGAGGCUUACUAAGCACUUAUAUAGAAAAUCAUUUUCAGAUCUUCUUAUACAUAUGAUGUUAACCAUAGCACACUUAUGGAUGGAAUUGCUAAUCUUUGUUGAAAGUAGAGAGUUAAACUGUUUAAUACACACGACAAAGAGGCUUUCAGAAGGCACCCGUCUUUCUUCAGCUCUGAAAGUUAGUCACGUGACCUGGGAGUCAAAGGUCACGUAGGUGACGUGCACGAGGGUAAUCUUCACGAGUCGGUCACGAUAUUUCUAAUGACAAUAUUGUUCCUGACAAAAUUGUGGAACAAUAUUAUGGAACCGCCAUUUAGGACGCGAAAUAUGAUGUGCGAUUAUAUAAUUAUACUGAUAGAAAUUUGCCACAAUA